AUGUCUUAUAAGAAUACAUUUAUACAGAGUGAAGCUUCAAUCACUAGACAACUCGAGAUUGAUAUCGAUCAAAAGGAAGAAAAGACAAAGGCAUCUGCAAUAAAGACAGUUGGCUUUGAUACGUCAAAGAGCGGACAGACUACACCUAUCCCAAUACCAUCAGCAACAUCACCACCAUAUUCAAAGAGUCCAUCAUCAGUUGGUAGUUCAAAAGGUUCUCUCGAGAAGAUGAAUCAUCAUAAGAAGAGGUAUGCAUUAUCAUGA